GCCUGUCAGAGCUGAUGGGAGGCCGGAGGUGAGUGCGGUGAAACACUUCGACUGACGGCGCCGACGGAAGGGGGAAGAGGCUGCGCGGUUUGCGGUGACUCACUGUGAAGCAGUCGCAGCGGUUAGCUAGUGCGAGGCGAGCGACGCGUUAAAAUGACCGCAGGACGGCUCGUUCCUGGCGGUUCGGGGGGCACGUGAGCGUCUGGACCGCAAGCCGACUUUCUGUCUGCGUCAUGGGAGCUAAAGAGGUGAACAAUGGCGCUGUGCCCUGAAGGUUGUACGUCCGGAUCAGGAGGAGAAUCUUCUGGCAGUGAGGCGGGUUCCAGCUGUCUUCAGUUUGGGGUUCGCUCCUAUCUGCAUCACUUCUAUGAAGAGUGUUCGUCCUCCAUGUGGGAGAGGGACCCAGAGAAUCGAGGGUCAGCCCACAGCCACAGAUCCGCCCUGUGGUGGAACUCAGCUGUCUGGAAGGUGUCAUUGGCUCUGGGUCUGUUGAUGCUGACGGCAGGUGUUGUGUCUCUCUCCGUCGCUUACUCCGCCCCCCACAAAAUCGAAUCCUUCGGCGAGGGAGACCUGUUCUUCGUGGACCCCCAGGCCAUCAGUUACAACAGGGGUCUGCACUUCAGCACGGCAUCCGGGAUCGGGCUGUCGUGCCUGGGCUCUGCUCUGGCUGUGAUGGGGGUGGUCGUCUGGGUCCUGCCCAAGGCCAACCUUAAAGAGCGGCUGUUCCACCGACCGAAGGAAGCGGAUCAGCAGGGAGAGCCGGGCUCGAAGUGGAGGGCAUUCAGAGAUGGACCGGAUGUGAUAACUAAGCCGCCAGAUACAGGAGAAGGGAAGAUGCCUUUUACUCUGGCUAAUGUGAAAAACGUGCAACCCGCUUCCUAGAAAGAGGCACAGUAUCUGAUUCUGAACCCUUGUUUACAUCGCUUCUCUGUCGUCUCUGAUCGGAUUUUGUUCUGUGAAGUGAAUGUUUGUGACUUAAGAGAUCAGAAAAAUAUUUCCACCCACUACAGACUCACACAUGCUGGGUAGUGUGUUCACAUUUUAAGUCUGAUUUAAAAAAAAAAAAAACAGUGUCCCAUCACCAUCUUCAAAACACAUCAGAUUUUUACAUUUUAUACAGAUUUAACAUGGAGUCCCUAAUUUGGACUUUAAAAAAUGAAAUUUUUUUUAUUACUGAAGUUCUUCUAAAGAUAACAAUUACUUUCUUAAGAUUUCCUUAAAAUAUAGGUGUUUUUGAACAAAACUUUAAGCCAUAACUGGGUUACUUUAUGAGCCCUAAAGAACAUUAGAGCCACCUGAAGAGUUCUGAUAAUUAGAAAUAAUCAUAAACAGUUUUACUCUUUAACAAAAAUGAGACCCAGAGAAUUGACCCAGUUAAAGUGAAGCAGCAGAAAAACAGAGCCAUUGACUGUGGGAUGUAUUUGUUCAGCACACAACGGUCAUAAUUAUAAUACACACACAGUAACAUACCAGAUAGCUUAUUGAGUACAUACUGUAUUGACUGAUCAAACACAAUAAAAGUAUUGGCACAAUAUAAGUUGUAAGGUUUACAAACAGUUUUCAGCUUGGUGUGGUUGAUUGAAUGGUUCGAACUUGAAAAAUCCAGUUAUAUUUUAUGUUUUGUUCAGUGAAUUUGCCCUACCUAAGAUGAUGUUUUACACCUUUAACUUCCACAAACGGUAUUCACCAUAGAUGUAUUCCUGCAGUUUAAAGAGCAUAUAUCAUCAUACCUGGAAAUAUUUUUUUUUGUUCUCAUGAUAGCUAAAAUAAAGGCACCACCUGUGAGACAAAAAGAUUGAAAAAGAACUGAGAAGUUAGCCCAGAACACAGAAGUCACCUUGGUGAAAGCAUGAAUAGAAAAGUGCUAAAUAGAAACUAAAAAUAUGUCACGAAACAGAUGUUUUCAUUUCUGCUCCAGUUCAGUGGUGCUCACGUUUCUAAUCUGCUAAUAGCAGUGCUGAUUUUUAGCUCUGCGCGUUAGUGGUUUUGCUAGCUUGAAAAUGUUUAGCGCACUUAGCUUCCCCUAAGUAAAUUUUUCCAGAUAAA